CGAAAGAAAGGGGAGAGAAGGAAAGCCUUUUGCAUCAACCGGCAGCUUUAGAGCAAGAUGGAUAGAAGAAGACGGCUUUUUGCGUCAGAGCAGCACUCCUCAGCCCGCCUGGCGGGCAAACCGCCUUAUUUGGGAGGCGUCCGUCGAUUGUCGGCUGGAAUAGCAAAUCAGCGGACGAAAGGCGUGCGCUCGAAGCCCCGCCUCCCGUUAAUAUAAGGGACACGCGGGUCCGAGAGACGCUAAAGCCUCCUGUCAGAUUGAGACGGGUGUCUUGUAUCGGAAGAGUAUGCAGAGUGUAAUAUUUCUGGCGUUCCAGCACGACCGCAUCAGAAUGGAGAAAAGCGCUAGCCGUUGCCAGAGCAAAGAAGAGAAAAAGGGCAAGAUGAAAAGAACCAUCCUAAAAGAUUGGAAAGCAAGAUUGAAUUACUUUCUGCAGAAUUCCUCCAAUUCUACCAAUGCAAAGGCUAACAAGAGAGGACAACAAAAGACAUGUUUUAGACCUUCUCCUGAAGAAGCUCAGCUUUGGUCAGAAACAUUUGAUGAACUUCUAGCUAACAAAUAUGGUCUGGCAGCUUUCAGAGCUUUCCUGAAAUCUGAGUUUUGUGAAGAGAACAUUGAUUUCUGGCUGGCCUGUGAAGAUUACAAGAAAAUCAAGUCUCCACAAAAACUGACAGCCAAAGCUAAGAAGAUUUACAAUGACUUUAUUGAAAAAGAAGCUCCUAAGGAGAUCAACAUAGACUUUCAGACCAAAAGCAGUAUUGCUCAGAGCAUCGAAGAAGCCACAGACACAUGCUUCAGUGCCGCCCAGAAGAGAGUUUAUAGUUUAAUGGAGAACAAUUCUUACCCUCGCUUCCUUGAAUCUGAAUUCUACCAGGAAUUAUGCAGAAAGUCACCAAUCAGUAGAGACCCUCAGGGGACAUGAACCCAUAAAACAGGAAG